AUAAAAACCUGGAUCUGAAGAACCCUAAGCUCUGUGGGAUGAAGUGGUGGGGGAGAACUGAAUCCAGAGGCAGAGCUGAAGCUUACGGCUAGCUCAUCUCCAUCACGAGGCCAACCAAAAUGGCAGAUCUGAACAGCCCCAAACUUGGGGGAUUGAAAUCUGGACCCAUAUCUGAAUUUGCCAGUUUGGGACCAGCUUGUAUCAUGCAAACAUAAUGCCAGCUAAUAUUGCAUUAAGGCUGAGUUGCAAAGCAGUAGAUGUUAGGUGACAGUAGAUCAUUAUACCAUGUGUUUCACAAUAGAACAUCUUCUUUUGCAGGAUCCUGCACUUUGUGUAGCAUGUAGUUCCAGUCCGGUUGAGAUCCCCACAUUUAGGAGCAGCAAGGGACUCCAAAUGAUACGUGUAAAUGCAGGGUACUGACCAGAAGAAGUCUCCACUGGCUUCAGGAACAUUGAUCCGAUCUGUGAGCAUUUGGGAAAUGCAUUUACCACCAAGGAGAAGGCUUCAGUGGAACCAGGUUCUUUUCUUAUUGGCCAUGGUGUUGGCUUUUUCCAUCUAUCAGCUUCUCUGUGGCCCUAAAAUUGUUUCAGCACGUUGGACAGCAUCUCAGCCUGAGGACCAAAUGAAAGUGACCACCAGGGACCUUUCCAGCAAUGCCAGCAACAAGGCCUCAGCAGUGGGCAACGGGACAACAGUAUCCAAGAUAAGGCAUUGUGUAUACGUGGAUGCUACAUCAGCCGUGACCGUCACAUCAUCAGUGAAUGCAACCCCACCCCAAGGAAGUGUCAAUCUGAGCCACCUGGAUGAAGAGGGGAGUUACCCAACACUCCCCACCCAUGGAGAGUACCCUCAAGACCUUUUUAGCUUGGAGGAGCGCAGGAAAGGGUGGGUCAUACUUCACAUCUUUGGCAUGAUGUAUGUGUUUGUGGCCUUGGCCAUAGUGUGUGAUGAAUAUUUUGUCCCUGCCUUGGAUGUAAUCACGGAUAAGUUGCAGAUCUCUGGCGACGUGGCGGGGGCCACCUUCAUGGCAGCAGGCGGAUCCGCACCAGAACUCUUCACCUCUCUCAUUGGUGUCUUCAUCUCACACAGCAAUGUGGGCAUUGGCACCAUUGUGGGCUCAGCGGUGUUUAAUAUUCUUUUUGUCAUUGGCACGUGUGCCCUUUUCUCGAGGGAGAUACUCCACCUGACCUGGUGGCCGUUGUUUAGAGACGUCUCAUUCUACAUUCUAGACUUACUGAUGCUCAUCCUGUUUUUCCUAGACAGCUUCAUUGUCUGGUGGGAAAGCCUCCUUUUGUUGAGCGCCUACGCCCUCUAUGUGUUUACCAUGAAAUGGAACAUUCACUUAGAACAGUGGGUGAAGGAACAGGUGAACAAGAUGAGAAGUACUGUGAAGGCGACAGCUUCUGAAGACACGGAGAAGCAAGGCGAUGGGUCAGUUGCAGGGGAUGGCGCAAGGCACUCUGGCGACAGCAAGAAGAUGGAGCGAGGAGGCAGCUCCGCCUCUCUGCACAACAGCCACAUGCGCACCACCAUCUUCCAGCUCAUGAUCCACACCCUGGACCCCCUGGCUGAAGAAAAAUUUAAAGACAAGCUUGACAUCAUGAGCAACUUGGCCAUGGGCAAAGUAGGCUCCCAGGCCAGACCAGGAGUGAAACCGGAAGAGAACAGAGCGGAAGCGCCCACCACUGUUGAAGUAACACAUUCCAGUGACUCCAACCUCAGUGUCACGCAGGAUGAACACGGUGUGGACCCCCCGCAUGGCAGGCAGCUCUCUCCAGAGUGUGGUGACAUAGAAGGCAACAGCUCAGAGGAGGAGGAAGAUAGUGAUGAGGAGAGUGAGGAGGAAGACGAGGAGGAAGAAAAUGAAGAGCCGUUAUCCCUCAACUGGCCAGAGACCAGGAGAAAACAAGCUAUUUACCUUUUCCUCCUGCCUGUUGUGUUCCCACUCUGGCUCACUGUGCCCGACGUUAGGAACCCAAACUCCAGAAACUUCUUUGCCAUCACAUUUCUCGGAGCCAUUGUCUGGAUUGCUGCCUUCUCCUACCUCAUGGUGUGGUGGGCACAUCAGGUUGGAGAAACAAUUGGGAUUUCAGAGGAAAUUAUGGGUUUAACAAUCCUGGCAGCAGGGACUUCAAUUCCUGACCUCAUCACAAGCGUUAUUGUUGCACGUAAAGGCCUGGGCGACAUGGCUGUCUCCAGCUCUGUGGGCAGCAACAUCUUUGAUAUCACUGUUGGUUUGCCAGUUCCUUGGUUCCUUUAUUCUGUCUUCAAUGGACUCAGUGCAGUUGCUGUCAGUAGUAAUGGUUUAUUUUGUGCAAUUGUUCUGCUUUUUCUCAUGCUCUUGUUUGUGAUCAUCUCAAUUGCUGUGUCUAAAUGGAAAAUGAACAAACUAUUGGGGCUCACCAUGUUUGCUCUUUACUUUGUAUUUUUGAUUCUCAGUGUGAUGCUAGAAGAUAGAAUCAUAUCCUGCCCAAUAUCUAUAUGAGGCUUAGGUGUAACCACCAUCUCAAUAUAUGUGUAAAUAAACUUGAAAAUAGGUUUAAGGUAGUUAUGUUUUACCAAGCUUAGUGAUACUUCAAAAAUUCAAAUAAAAGGUUUCUAUUAACAUAUUUAAAUGCAAAUCCUAAAAUUUUGGCCAAGUCUAACCCAGCUCUUUAAUGACCAGAGACUGAGGUGAUCAGUAUUAAAAGCUUUACUGAUCUAGGCCCCAAUCCUGUAAAAACUCAUACAAGAGUUUAAAAUGAAACAAAAGACAGAACUAUGUAGCA